UAGUUUCAGUUACGUUUUGGCGUUUUACGGUAACGCAGCGGACGACGACAACGUGAAAGAUAACAACAACAACAACUCCAACACAAUAGCAUCCACAACAAUAACAACAACAACAACAGUUAGCUCUACAAUUCAGCGAGCUAAACACGACGAAGCGAAGCCCCGUUAGCCAACGACGACGACAACGACGAUCAGAGAUCGACGGAAAGUAAAAGCGCUAUUAGACUCGAGACUCGAGAGAAAUACACACAUAAGAUCAUGGCUGAUACCAUCAACAAGCCCAGCAUACAAAUUCGCAGUGGUCUGCCCUCCCCGCUGCCCGACAAGAGCCCCUCGCCGGCCACCAAGCUGCUGAUCAGUCAUGGCAAACCCAACUUUACCAUCGCCCGUUCGCCCAGCACCAAAGACAAUGGCAAUCCGUUGUCACCGCAGCCCAAUGCCAACAACAACUACAACGCCUAUAAAAGCGCCAACACCACCACAGUCAACAACAACAGCAGCAGCUUCAUCAGCAACACCAACAAAUUUGUGGUAGGCACCAAGUUCAAUGGCGUCUUCAAGCCCUCGAAUGCAUCCGCCACUUGGGCGACUACCAACGGCAAUGCCACCGCCACCGCCAAUGGCAAUGGCAAUGGCAAUGCCACCGCCACAACGGAGCAGAAUGAGGCCGCUAAGGUGGUGCUGCGUCGCCCCAAGCCCGUCGAUGUGGAGCCGGUGGCGCAGGGUGAGGAUGAGAAUGUGCCGGAGUUUAUCCUCCGACAGCGACGCAUUCAGGAGCGUCUGGCCAAGGAGAAUGUGCUGGACUUUGAGAAUCGCCGCAGUGGUUACUUCACGCAUGUCAUGAUCUCGCCGGACUCACCGAAUCGCACCUCGUUCGUUGAGACCAUGGCCAGUCCAGCCAUAGUGCCGGCCCUCGAAAUGCCCUUGCCGGCCAAGAUUGAGGAGGAGCCGCAACCAGCUACAAAUGGUCACAGCGAAGCGGCUGCAGAGGCAGAGGUAGAGGCAGAGACAGUCGAAGUGGUUGCGGCUGAGGCCGUUGCCGUGGCCGUAACUGCUGCCGAAAUUGCGGUUGAAUCCAGCAACGGACACAUCGAAGAGCCCGAGGUGCAGCCUGUCAGCAAUGGCCAUGUGGCAAGUGAUGAUGUGGCACCCGAGGAGGUGGCCAAGGCCAUUGAGGAGGUCAACAAAGCGGUGGCUGGCGAGGAUGAUGAUACCAAACCGGAGGCAGAGCCCAUAACCGAAACAAAGUCCGAGGUGGAAUCGGUUGUUCCUGCCGCUGUUGAAGCCCAAGUGGAGGUCAUAACGCCAGUGGCUGCUGCUGAGCCCGUGUCGCCGCCUGUCCAGAAUGGAGACACCGCUCCUACUGCUGCUGCAGCUGAGAGCAAUGGACACACUGAAGAUAUUACCAUUUCGCAUACCAAUGGAGAUGUGCCCAGCAUAGCCACACCCGAUCCCAGCGGUGCUUUGGGUGUCAACUACGAGCCUAAGACGGUAGUCAGUUUCUCGCAGGAGCUUGGCGGCGGUGAGAACAAUUAUCCCGACACCGUGAAGGUGCUCAAGGAUGCACCUGCGUCAGCAGCCGAUGCCGAACUUCAGGAGCUGGCCAAACUAAAGUUCGACAUCAAGAGCGAUGCACAGGAUGAGGUGCAAGUGACGCCCGUUCUACGUGCGGAGUAAGGAGGCGUUUAGGAGUUAGUGCAAUUGUUAUUAAUCAACUAAAACUACAAAAAAAAAAGGAACGAGAACAUUCACUCUGUAUUGUAUUGUAUUUUGUGUUAGCCUCUAAGUUCAUUAUGAGAAAUGUUGCCAAAUUUAAUUUUAUGCUUCACGCAUCAGUCAGUAUCCGCAGAUACGCAUCCGUAGACGCAUUCCGAAGAGGCAUCCCAUAGAUAUACCAUAUCAAUAACUACUGAAUGUAGUAUGUAUGUACGAUUUGUAUCUAUAUGACGAGCCAACUGUUGAGGCGGUCGUCAGACCUGCUAUACUUAAUUAUGUUUAUUUCAAACAAUUUGCUUUAUUUAAAUAAAUUAUUAUUAUUAAAAUA